AUGACCGAUUCCGACUUCACAGACCCUCACGAUCUCCUUCCUCCUCCAGCACCACCUCUCCCUCCCAGCCGGCUUGGCCAACUGCAAAGAAUCAUAGCACCCUGGGGCAAGCACAUUGGUGCAAAAUCUCAUGGCGGCCCAUCCCAAGGCGACCGUGAUCAUGCGCUGCGCCAAAUCACAUCCCUACCCACCUACAGUUCUCUUGCCUCACCCAUUGCCACCCAUCGCACUGGGAUCCCGAUUGCCGCUCUUGACAUCAAUCAGGCCGGAACGCAUGCCAUCCUAGCCGGGAAGGACAUUCUCAAGACCGUUCGUGUCCAUGAUGGCAAGGUCACCGAGGACCUUAACCUUCGGGCGGCUAUCACUUCCUACGCCUCGACUCAUACUUCGCCCCAGUCAAACGAGGUCGGCAAGCGCAGGGAAUAUCUGCCCGCAAGGGAUGUGAGAUGGUCAACCGGACAUUGGAACCAUAUCAUAGCCACUGCAGCUACGAAUGGUCGCAUUGCCCUGUACGACUUGAAAGCAUCGGGCCUUAAGACGGAAUUCGCUUGGCUUCACGAGCAUACAGGUCAGAUCAACAAGUUGGACUUCGACCCGUCAGCAGGGUAUCUGUUACUUUCAGCCAGCCAAGACAAGUCUGUCAGGCUCUGGGAUCUGCGUAUCAAGCCAGACAAAGCAUUUCGAAGGUUCGACGUCCGAAGUGCUGUGCGAGACGUUCGCUGGUCCCCAUCGGCCCUAGAACCGCUCGAUUUUGCUGUUUGUGCGGACGGAGGACUCAUCCAGAAGUGGGAUGCCCGCUCUCCUUCGCGGCCCAUCCUGAGUAUCAGUGGACACGAGAAGGCAUGCUAUUCUCUAGAUUGGCAUCCUGAUGGCCGGCACGUGAUAUCUGGAGGCUUCGACAAAUACAUCCGGGUGUGGGAUUUGCAGAGUGACAAUCGCCGGCAGAAGCCUGUUCUCCAACUUAAGGCGCCUCAUGCGAUCCGAAAUAUCAGGUGGAGGCCUCCGUGUAGGACCUCGGAGACCUCGGAAUCCGGUCAUUGGCAGAGCACGCAAGUCGCCGUCUCCUACUAUCAUGAUGACCCCAGGAUCCAUAUCUGGGAUCUUCGAAGACCGCUGCUACCUUUUCGCGAACUCGAAAAAUAUAGCACGCCACCAAACGAUAUGCUGUGGGCCAACAAAGACAUGCUGUGGACAGUCGGGGAUGAAGGGAUUUUUACCCAGUGGGAUCUCAAGCAUACUGCACCUUUCUACACCCAGCUUCCACCGUGCGCUUCAGAAUUCAUGCCUGACGGAGAGUACUACACGUUCAGUGAGGAUAGAGAUUUUCGGCGCGGAUUCUCGCUGGAUGCCGCGGCAGUUGGUCUCUUGACGGUUCCCAAAGACAAACUCAGCAGCGGUGAUGAUGGUGCAGUGAGUCGGAGUUUCACAGAUGACGAAGGUAGCCUUGAAACAUCGGUUGGGGCGAGUUCCCGACGAGCUGGUAGAACAAUCGCGUCUUCCAGGUCCAACAAAUCUCAAGCAAGCAGUCCGCCCUCACUGGAUGAUAAGACACACGUCCUGCCUCUCGAUAAGGCUGUCUUCGGCUGCGGCGAAACGUUUAGUAAUGCGCAGGUAGGUAUGGCUGGCCAUGUUGUCGGUGUGGCCGCCCAGCCAGAAGUGGUUGAGUCCCUGGCGUCACAAUAUGCGAUCCCAGCAUCCGCCGAAGAGCGGAGGAGGUCUCCGCAGACCAUUCUCCCUCGUUUAGAGGCUGCCUUCAACCAGAAUGCCGCCGCAUGUGACGCUGUAUCUAUGCACCGCAUGGCUCAAUCAUGGAGAAUAUUGGGAGCAGUCAUUGUUCCGGAGCUCAAGGAUUGGGCCGACGCGAAUCGCGCAAAGCGAAGGGCCGACGCCGCCAGGAGACGGGAGACGUUGGAGAGCUUCCGCGCAGGCGGUCACCGAACCACAGUCUCCCCUCUGGCUGGACUUCCUCAUCAAGGCCUCAAUGUUAAGAGCGAAGGUAGGUCGCAGAAAUUGAUGAACAGUCUUUUAAAAGGCCUGGUGGAGGCCGAUCGUGCACACCAAGGGUCAGAACGGGACAGUACAUCGAAUAUGACCACACCACUAGCCAAACCACUCCCAAACUCGCCUCCUCAAGACCACAAGAGAUGGAGUGGGUUGAGUAGUGAUGACAGAAUUGAGAAUAUUGCGCCUCUUCCUCCCGCCCUACUGACCUCACACACGACUGCUGCUGCUGCUGCUCGGGCCCUUAUAAACAGCCCGAAGCGUGGAGCGACAUCCAAUGCCUCCUCGCCGGAAAUACUCAGACCUGUGCGUUCUAAUGCAAGCCAGAUAACCAACGAAAUGGAAAGGGCAGGGAUGUCACCGUCGCAGGCGGCCAAAGGCGGGCCGUCUGAUAUCCAGCGUACCAAACGAGAGACUCAGAAUCAUGAGGAUCGCAGAGCUGCGUUGAGGGACUAUCGCGUGCAGGCUCGGCCUAUAUUUACAUUGGACGAAUCGGCCAGCAAGCCUGUACCUGAUGUCAGACACGACUCGGCCGAAAGCUUUCCCAUGUUUUCCGCAUCAACCGAUAGCUCGCACAAAGCCAGGUCGCUUGGGCAGUCAUUCGAGUCGCCUGGAUUCGGUGGCGGGAAUAUUCGUGGGCGAACUGCAAACAACCAUGACGCGGAGGAUACUGAGCUCGAUGAAUCGUCUUUUGAUGACUACAGUCGGUCGCGACCAAGGUCGGAGCAGAGAUCUGAUGCUGCUCCGGAGGAGGCGACGAGCGGACCUCCUACCGACAACACACUACUGGACAUGAGUCCUGGACACGACUUGUCUGGUCAGGACGUGGGGAGGGGCACCGGAGCAGAGGAUCACACAACGUGGGACGCCGGAAAUGGACUUGGAUCGGCUCAGAAUCUGCAUUUAGAGACGGGGGUCUCAUCAUCUCCAGAUAUAUUCCAUUUCGAAGAAGGGUCAUCACUCCCCAAGCCACGUAUUCAUACGUUCAACCCGAUUCGCACGGAGAAGGAUAUCUCUGUAAAUGACAAGGAUGGUCGACAUGCGGAUGAUAUCUCCGCAGCUAUGUCGAUGGAAGACCUUGACAAGGAGGCGUAUCUGUUUGAAGAUUUCCGGCCCAUUGACUUGUCAAGGUAUGAGCCGAAACUGCCCUUCGCCUGGUCGUCACUGCCAUUGAUAUGUCAGAGUGUUGCUUUUGACGUCGACAAUGGUAUCGGACAUGGACAAUUCUCGACUCAUCUGCUUCUGCAUGUUCACCCAUACUUCUUCGACCCCAGCUUUCGAAAUCUCGAGCGAUCGGGUUCCGCAGGAGCGGAGUCUCUUGCUGAUAGACUGAUGACACCUGACCUUGGCCACCGUAUGAUCGAAAGCAUUUUCGAAAAUCAUCUGCAAUACCUGAAACAGAUGGGAUAUUUUGAGUCUGCGGCACUCGUGAGGAAGAUGUGUGUGGAGCUUCAGUACCCUCGAAUCCAUGCUGCAGAGAGCAACAAGCAGAAUAGUGGCAGCCUCACCAAUGGGGAUCCCAUGAGUGUCUCGGCAGCUUGCGCGAACUGUCAGAGAGUUAUGCCUCCUGGGACGAACGUUUGUGACGCGUGUCGGAGGAUCAGGGGUGUGUGUCCAAUCUGCGAAUCGAUCAGGACUGAUCAGGGCGGCACAUCUGCGCCGACCUCACCAGGCGGAUCUGACAUGCAAAGCGGGGGCCAGGCCGGGGACAUGUGGAUGUUCUGCCAAGCGUGCGGACAUUCAGGACAUGUCCGUUGCAUGAUGGAAUGGUUUGCUCAGCCUUUCAGUGAAGGCGCCUGUCCGUCACAAGGCUGCGGGUGUGACUGUGGGCCGGGGCUGACCCGCGUCCAGCGCAUUCAGGAACAAAUAAACAGAGAAGAAGAAGCAAAACUCAUCCGUGGAAGCAGUGCAGGAACUGGCUCGACAAAACGAGAUCCUCUCCGAGCAACACCCAGCCCAGCAGUCGACAAGGCGCGAGUGGCGCUGCGUAACAGUGCGGCUGCCGAGCGGGCAACCCAAAGUGGUGAUGAGCGGAGUAUGCCCGACAAGCGAGGAAAUGGUCGCAGCAAGCCGACGGCUCAAACAGGCUUCAGCGGUUCCAGAAAGAGCGUGCGGCUGGUCACACCUGGGGAGGAAGAUGCUGCACAAUCUCAGUAUAAGUCGUGA